AUGGCCUUGCCCAAGCGUAUUGUCAAGGAAACCGAGCGCCUUGUGGCCGAUCCGGUUCCCGGUAUCAACGCCGUGCCGCAUGAAGAUAACCUGCGAUACUUUGAUGUCUCGAUCGAUGGUCCAGCGCAGUCGCCAUAUGAAGGUGGAAAAUUCCGACUUGAACUAUUCCUGCCCGAUGACUACCCCAUGACUCCACCGAAGAUUCGCUUCCUGACCAAAAUUUACCACCCUAACAUCGACCGUCUUGGCCGUAUCUGUCUGGAUGUCCUGAAGAACAACUGGUCUCCCGCCCUCCAGAUUCGAACCAUCCUCCUCUCCAUUCAGGCCCUCCUGGGCGCACCCAACCCAGAUGAUCCAUUGGCCAACGAUGUUGCUCAGAGGUGGAAGGAUGAUGAGCCCGCUGCUAUUCAGACCGCCAAGGAAUGGACCCAAACACAUGCUAUGAAUUGA